AUGGCGACAAGACAGGAACGAUAUAAGCAGGCGCCUCAGACAGCGCAGGAGAGACGCGCUGGCGAGUCAGCAUUGAGUGACUUCGCCGACUACGUUCAGCAACAGCAAGCACUACGAAAACCUCCAGGCCCAGCAGGUACUAGCACGCUACCAGCGAAUGGCGCUUCAAAGCACGAACACGCCGAACUCGACAUUCUCGAUACCCUAGACCUCGCAGAUGACAAACCGAAAGUCAAGAUCAAGCAUCUAUUUCUUGAUGAAGGCGAUACCAAGGAUGAAAGUACUCAGCAGCUACAGGAGAUUUUUAGCACACGUCUAGAGGAGGGCCAUGGAGAGUGCCUAUUCGAUAUCGGGUUGGAGGACAAUGGCGAUAGCCAGUUGUUGACCGAGCCAGAGUGGGAAGCUGCUCUGGCGCGGAUACAGGGCAUCCUCGAACGGCUAAAAGCAGACUGGAAGAUUCUCAUGACCAAGAACGUACCGAAUAGCACAGUCGACGUCGGAGCCGACAAAAAAGAGCGAGGAUGCGUGGGCAAACUCAUGGCCAGACGGCGGCCGGAGAGCGUGGACGAUACCAUUGAGACACGAAUAGCGGUUGUCGGCAACGUAGAUGCUGGAAAGAGUACUUUGCUGGGUGUACUCGUGAAAGGCGGUCUAGAUGACGGACGUGGAAAGGCGCGAGUUAACCUCUUCCGCCACAAGCACGAGAUGGAAACUGGGCGAACAUCAAGCGUGGGCAUGGAAAUCAUGGGCUUCGACACCAAGGGAGAGGUCGUGGUUUCUGGCGUGCCUGGCAGGAAGCUGAGCUGGGAAGAGAUCGGAAAACGCAGUGCGAAAGUCAUCUCCUUCACCGACUUGGCUGGCCACGAACGAUAUCUACGAACCACGGUCUUCGGGCUGCUCUCUAGCGAGCCGAAUUACUGCCUCCUGAUGGUCGCGGCCAACAAUGGCCUUAUCGGAAUGUCGAAAGAGCACCUGGGUAUCGCUCUCGCCCUGAAUGUGCCCGUCAUGGUGGUCAUUACUAAAAUCGAUAUCUGUCCGCCCCAGAUCCUUCAGCAAACCUUGACUCAGAUUACGAAAAUCUUGAAGUCUCCAGGAGCUCGAAAAAUUCCUAUAUUCAUCAAGACCAGGGAGGAAUGCAUCAAUACGGCGACGCAAUUCGUCAGUCAGCGAAUAUGUCCAAUCUUCCAGGUCUCCAAUGUCACCGGCGAGAGCCUGGAUCUAGUCCGCGAGUUCUUGAAUAUUCUACCUCACCACGGCAAGUACGAUGUGGACGCGCCAUUUGAGUUCCAUGUCAACGAUACGUUCUCGGUUCCCUUCGUCGGAACUGUCGUUAGUGGAGUCAUUAAAUCCGGCAUCAUCCAUACCGGAGACACCGUUAUGAUCGGGCCAGACAGUCUCGGCCAAUUCACUACGACCACUGUUCGUUCCAUCGAGCGAAAGCGUAUUGGAGUUCCAGCUGCGACCGCAGGCCAGAGCGCUUCUUUCGCGCUCAGGCGAGUCAAGAGGAAGGACGUCCGCAAAGGCAUGGUGGUCCUCCUCAACAAAUCGGAGACAAAUCCAAAUUUCGAGGCUCCGAAACCGACAGUAUAUCGCGAGUUCGUGGCAGAAGUCUUGAUCUUGUCCCAUGCGACGACCAUUCGGACGAAGUAUCAAGCCAUGCUUCACGUAGGCCCAAUCAGCCAGACAUGCGCAAUCAUCGAUAUUGACAGAGCAUAUAUUCGAACUGGAGACCGGGCGACUGUAGCCUUCCGUUUUGUUCAGAGGCCUGAAUUCCUGGCUGCAGGUGACCGAAUAUUGUUUCGAGAGGGUAGGACGAAAGGUCUAGGUAUCGUCAAGCAAGUCGGCUACGAUCCUUCUAAGCCCCUCAAUCCGGAGACUGCCAAGGAUCGAGAACUGAGUGCCGUCGAUGAGGAGAAGCAGAGGCCAGCUACGAUCAAAGCUGCGACAUGA